UUUUCCCUCUGCACACACACACAUACACGCACGCACACACACACACACACACACACUCGGUGCUUGUGACCACACAGCCUGCUAGGACGUAGCGUAGCCGGGACACCGAAACGUAACGAAAUAGCCAGAGAUUUUUCCGGAGGUGUUUUGUUUUUUUUUCCCUCCCAAAAGCUGCUUGGCUCGCUAGCUGACGGCAAACCAGGCAUGGACGACAAGUCAUUCACCAAGGAGUUGGACGGAUGGAUUGAACAACUGAAUGAGUGCAGGCAGCUCUCAGAGAAUCAGGUCAAAGUCCUCUGCGAAAAGGCCAAGGAGAUUUUGACAAAAGAGUCCAAUGUACAAGAGGUGAGAUGUCCAGUGACGGUCUGCGGAGAUGUCCAUGGACAGUUUCAUGACCUCAUGGAGCUGUUUAAGAUUGGGGGAAAGUCUCCAGACACUAACUACCUCUUCAUGGGAGAUUAUGUUGACAGAGGCUACUAUUCUGUAGAGACAGUCACACUCCUGGUUUCUCUUAAGGUAAGGUUUCGCGAACGAAUCACAAUUCUCAGAGGGAACCACGAGAGCAGACAGAUCACACAAGUGUACGGUUUUUAUGACGAGUGCUUAAGGAAAUAUGGGAAUGCCAAUGUUUGGAAGUACUUCACAGACCUGUUUGACUAUCUGCCCCUUACGGCGCUGGUGGAUAAUCAGAUUUUCUGCCUCCAUGGAGGAUUAUCACCUUCAAUAGACACACUGGAACACAUCAGAGCGCUGGAUCGCUUGCAAGAGGUUCCUCAUGAGGGUCCAAUGUGUGACUUGUUAUGGUCAGACCCAGAUGACCGUGGUGGCUGGGGCAUCUCUCCACGUGGUGCUGGUUACACGUUUGGGCAGGACAUUUCCGAGACUUUCAACCACGCAAACGGCUUAACUUUGGUUUCAAGAGCCCACCAGCUGGUGAUGGAGGGCUAUAAUUGGUGCCACGAUCGCAAUGUAGUGACAAUUUUCAGUGCACCAAACUACUGUUAUCGUUGCGGAAAUCAGGCAGCAAUCAUGGAACUUGACGACACAUUGAAAUACUCCUUCCUACAGUUUGACCCUGCACCACGCAGAGGAGAGCCCCAUGUGACGCGGCGUACGCCGGACUAUUUCCUGUAAAGAUCACCAGUGAGGAUGUUAACAGGCUGCACAGAGGCUUGAGAAAAUAAGCAUUCAAACCCCCAAAAUUGUGUGCCAUAAUCACAAUAAAAUGGAAACUGUCACAUCUAGCUAAACACCACCGUCCUUUCAACUUUUUUCUCUCUGUGCAUGAUGUUUUAAUUGCUAAAAAUGAUUGCUACUAUGAACAAUACUGUUGUAAUACCUGCUGGUCUGUCAGGCAAUGAACUAAUGCUGAGAAUAAUGACUAAAUGUUAGUAAUCUUUGUAUUAGGGUGUUAAUGAUGACCAGAGUGUGUUGCCAUAUAAAGUAUAUAGGCUGCAUCUUUCACUUGGCAUGGCCUCAGAGCAAAGGUUGCAGUACAUAUAAUGUGAACUCUUCUUUUUUUGUAACUGAAGCGCAACUGUUAUUUAUUUUGUGAAGUGAGAUGAUAGGGUUAAACGUCAGAAAUGUCCUCUUUGCACUUUUGUAUUUGAUUUGUAUCACAUGGCACUGACAGACUAUGUUCUUUUUAUACCCUGUUAUAGUGAAAGUAGCUCGUUUUUCUGCCUUCUCUUAUGGGAGUUAAUGUAAUUCAUUUAAGUAGGCAAUACUGGUCAAACUGACAUCAGAUGUAAAAGAAAUAACUCAUUGUUUUUGCAGAUGCAGCUGUACAAAAUAAAGACUGAAGUUGCUUCGUCAUUUAUUUCCCAUAA